UAUUUUUGUCUCGCGUGUACGGUCACAUUAAAAGUACGUGUCCAAAAUCAUGAAUCCGUAAAUCAACAAUGCUGCUGCUGCGAACCGUUUAUACUCGCUAAACACCGUGAAAUUGGCAAGUGCAAAUAUCAGCCGCGCAGUCAGGUUGCAGAAUCAGAUGCGAUCCAUCGGCGAGUCGGUUAAUAAGUGCGUCCAAACACACAACACACCUCAGCAACACCAGAAAUAUACCAACAUAGGAGAGAACCGAGUGCAACAGUCGUGGCCACGGCUGUAGAAACAACUACAAAAUGACAACAAACACGGUGCAGCGGAAUUUGUGGGCCUCCGUUCUGGUGGUCCUUGUGCUUCUCCUCUACUGGACGGAGUCCACACGUGGAUACUUUGCAGCCCUAGACGAGACGGAGACCAACAAGAACUGUUUCUGCGAGCUGGAAGGAUCCAUCAACGACUGCAGCUGUGACGUGGACACAGUGGACCAUUUUAACAACAUGAAGAUCUAUCCACGCCUGCAGAGUCUGCUCGUAAAGAACUUCUUCCGCUUCUACAAGGUGAACCUAAAGCUGGAAUGCCCCUUCUGGCCGGACGACAGUCGCUGUGCGAUUCGUUUCUGCCAGGUGGAGAACUGUGAGGAGCAGGCCAUCCCGCAGGGCAUCAAGGAGAAUGGCGAGCACAAGGAGAAAUCCGCGGCCUUCAAGUACACCCGCGAAGCGCAGACGGAUGGCGGCAGUUGUUCGGAGGUUGAGGACUUUGACAGCGCCCUGGGUUUCCUGGACACCAGCAUUAGCGACCAGGCGCACCGGGAGUUCGAGCUGUGGGCGAAGCACGACGAGGCCGAGGAGGACUUUUGCAUUGUGGAUGAUCACGAAGAGGGCUCCCAGUACGUGGAUCUGCUAUUGAAUCCGGAGCGGUAUACUGGCUAUCGUGGGGAGUCGGCGCAUCGCAUCUGGAAGAGCAUCUAUCUGGAGAACUGCUUUGGUGGCAACAACGAGACAGCUAACAAGUUCUCGAGCUAUGUUCCUCACAUGGAUCUGAGGGAUGUGUGCUUGGAGCAGCGCGCCUUCUACCGCAUCAUCUCCGGCCUGCACUCCAGCAUCAACAUACAUCUGUGCUCCAAGUACUUGCUGUCCGAGUCGAAGGACUUCCUCGAUCCGCAAGGCAUAUGGGGACCGAAUGCCAAGGAAUUUAAGCGCCGUUUCAGCCCCGAAACAACUGGUGGCGAGGGACCGCACUGGCUACGCAACUUGUACUUCAUCUAUCUGGUAGAGCUGCGCGCCCUGGCCAAGGCUGCUCCUUAUCUGCGAAGGGAGGAUUACUACACGGGUAUAGCAGAAGAGGAUGACGAGGUAAAGCUGGCCAUCAACGAUCUACUGAGUGUUGUAGAAUCCUUCCAGUCGCACUUUGACGAGAACGCUCUUUUCAGCAGCGGCAUUGCCUCCAUAAAAUUCAAACACGACUACAAGGAAAAGUUCCGCAACAUAUCCCGUAUCAUGAGCUGUGUGGGUUGCGACAAGUGCAAGCUAUGGGGCAAACUGCAGACCCAGGGAUUGGGAACUGCUCUCAAGAUCCUAUAUUCGGAGAAGCUCAACCUGGCGACGGAGAGCGGGCUGUGGGAUAAGCCACACAUUGAGGCAGAUCCCAUUUUCCGGCUCUCACGUACGGAAAUUGUGGCUCUUUUUAACGCCUUUGGCAGAUUAUCAAACAGUAUAUAUGAGAUGGAAAACUUCAGGCGCGUCCUAAGAUAACAUAGCUAAUCAGGAUUAACCGAGUGAUAAGACGCUGCACUCAGCUCAAACUACUAGUUAAUUGACAUGACUGCAUAUUGGGCUACGUCGAGAUUGUGGCUGCUGUUUAAUACCUUUUAACCUCGAUCCCAUGACCGGCCAGAGGCUAGCCGUCAGACAUCAGAAUAGCUGCUUCCUUGUACAUACAUUAAAACAGUUUCUCUAGGCUACUUGUACUUUAGCACACCCAACACCCACCCACCAGACAACCAAUCGUACCGAUAAAACCAAACAAAAAUAUAUAUCCCUGGAUGGAUGCAGGUGUUUAUUGUAAGUUAGGAUAGUAUUUAUUGUAGCAGAAGAAAUUUGUAAGCAGACCUUAAUGGAAAAGUAAACGCAUUGUGCAAUAAUUCGACCUUACGACACAGAAAAAAACAAAAAAUAAAUGUACCGACUGUUGGAAA